AUGAGGUCUGCAAUCCCACAAUCAAAGACUAAUACUACCGUCAUUUUCACUAACAAUAAUAAUAAUAAAAUAUUUAAAAAUAAUAUAAAUAUUACUAAUAUCCCUGAAAGUAAAAUAACAAAAAAAAAAAUAACCUAUAGUCAAUGCGAUUAUUAUUUAGCACCUCUUUUAAAAAAUAAAUUACUGAUAAAUGAGGUAGAAGACAAUACUAUACAGAAUAAACCCUUUCAAGAAAUAUUUACUCAAUAUACUUCGUACUAUACAACUGACUUAUCAGACAGUAAUACUGAUAACCAUAUUAAUAAAAAAUACUGUUGCAAGCAUUGCUUUUCUAAGAUUCAUGAUUGUACUGUUGCAACUAUCAUUACCUCCAGCAAUAACCACGAAAAAAAUAGCCAGCCCAUUAAAGCUUUUUACCCAAGAACUUUCCAGCACCAUGUUAUGACAAAUGAAUUGAAAAAUGUUUAUUCCAAAUCUUGGAUAGUUAAAAAAAACUAUAAAUGCCCCAAAAGUAGCUGCAUAUAUGACAAAUAUUAUGAUUUCAGUGACUUGAAUUACAUAUGUUGGAGAUACAGUAGAAAAAAAAUUAGCAAUUUAAAUCAAGCCUCCAAUAAUGAUAACACAGUCAAUAUUGUCGAAUACAUGUGUAGAUUCUGUCAGGGUAAAAACUGGAUUAAGUCAAGUAACUAUUUCCACCAUUUAUUGGUAGCACAUGGAAUAAAAACUAAUACAGCCGCAUCUACACUGCUAAACAGAAAUCAUUUGCCCUCUAUAAAGUGUCAAUUAUUACCUCUACCAAAAAGAAUAUUCCAACACUCUUUACGUACGAAAUUCCAAAGAAUAUAUUCUAAUUGUCAUUAUUGUAAUAUGUGGAUAAGAUGUGGGUUUCUGGAAUAUGACUUUUCUAAUUCCUACACUAGUAAUCCUAUUAAAAACGAUAAUAUUAAUUAUUAUUAUCAAAACAGAAAUAGAGGAUGUAUUGAGGGCUUAUUUGAAAAUUAUUUUAAGCAUGUAUUGCAUUGUAAUUUGUCGCCUUAUUGUUGUGAAGGUGAUAAUGGUUUUUAUUGA